ACUCACUAAAUUGUACCUGGGAACAAAUCAACUGUCAGGAACUAUUCCAGAAGGAUUUGGAAAUUUUGUCAACCUAUAUCUCCUUACCCUUGAAGAAAACCAUCUUACAGGGGUCAUUCCAAGAGAUUUUGGCAAAUUACAAGAUUUGCAAAGAUUGCGUCUGGACCAAAAUGAGUUGUCAGGACAGAUAGUCUCCACCCUAUGCAAUGCCACAGGUCUAUACCAUCUGAACUUAUCAUUUAACAAGUUUGAAGGGGGCAAUAUAUUUGACAAUGUUCUUAUGAGAUGUCAAAAUUUGCAAUAUCUGGAUAUAUCUCAUAACAACUUCACUGGAAUUAUAUCACCACAAUUUUUGCAGACGCACUCAUCACUGAUGUACAUCAAAAUAGGUGAAAAUUCAUUUAGUGGUUCUCUGCCUCCUGAAGUUGGAAAGCUUAUACAUUUGGUGGAUUUCAAUGUUUCCCACAACCAAUUUGCUGGAGAUAUACCCAUAUCACUUGCUGAUUGUUCAAUUCUGGCGAAUCUUUCCAUGCAGGCCAAUUUUUUCCAAGGAACAAUUCCACCAAAUUUGGCUUCUUUGAAGAGCAUCCAGCAAAUAGACCUUUCAAGUAAUAACUUGACUGGAUCAAUACCAAAGGAACUUGAGAAGCUUCAAUAUUUGAGGUACUUGAACCUUUCCUACAACGACAUCGAGGGAGAGGUACCAAACACAGGGAUUUUCAGCAAUGCAAGUCAAAUGUCAUUGAUUGGCAACAACAAACUCUGUGGAGGCAUUCCGGAAUUGGAGUUCCCACCUUGCUCAGUGAUUAAGGGGAAAAACAGAGGAAAGCUGAAGGUUAUCAUAUUGCUGUCCAUUGUUUUAUCGGCAACGCUUAUGGUUCUUGGUACAGUGUUGUUAUAUCUCCUGGUAUAUCGAAAAAGAGAAAGAAGACUGGUGGCCGGAUUCUCUAGCAUGCCUACAAGAGUGAAUAAGCUCUUGCGAAUUUCUUACCAUGAACUUCAUCGUGCAACUUCGGGAUUUUCUCCAGAAAACUUAAUUGGUUCAGGACACUUUGGAGCUGUCUACAAAGGCACACUAGAAAAACAUGGCAAUAAGCUUGUAGCAGUCAAAGUUCUUGAUCUUCAAAAGAAUGGGGCUUCCAAAAGUUUUAAGGCCGAGAGCAAAACAUUGAGAAACAUUCGCCAUAGAAACCUCGUGUCUAUCGUGAGUUAUUGCUCCAGUAUUGAUUCCAAAGGUGAUGAAUUCAAAGCUCUAGUCUAUGGGUUUUUGGAAAAUGGGAAUCUGGACUUGUGGUUGCAUCCUGCAGAGACAGCUGAUCAAGCAACAAGCUUAAGAAGUCUUAAUCUUCUUCAGAAGCUAAAUAUUGCAAUUGAUGUGGCUUCAGCAUUGCAAUAUCUUCACGACCACUGCGAAGCAGAGAUUGUUCACUGUGAUCUAAAACCAAGUAACAUUCUUCUUGACAAUGAUCUUGUUGCCCAUGUGGGUGAUUUUGGAUUGGCAAGGCUCCUCCCAAAACCCAACGACAGAUCUUCCGAGCAGGGAACCAGCAGUUCUAUAGCCGUAAAAGGGUCAAUCGGUUACGCAGCUCCAGAGUAUGGGCUGGGUCAUGCGGCAUCAACUCCGGGGGAUGUCUACAGCUACGGCAUUCUUUUGCUAGAGAUGAUCACAAAGAGGAGGCCAACAGAUGAUAUGUUCAUGGAUGAGUUAGAUAUACAUAACUAUGUUAACAGGGCUUUGCAUGAACAAGUCUCCGAGAUCGUGGACCCGUUGCUUCUUUCUGAAGGAAGAGAUGAAAACAGUAGAAUUACUCAUGGAGAGGAAACUAUUAAUGGUGGAAGAGAGAUUGAUUGCAUUAUUUCCCUAUUAAAAAUCGGACUGAUGUGCUCUGCAAAAUUGCCAAAUGAUCGGAUGCACAUGAAUGAAGUUGUCAGAAAAUUACAUCUCAUUAAGGAUGUCUUACUUGGUGUGAGGGUACAUCAAGAAAAUCUUCAAGUUUGAUAGCCACAGCUGCUUGCUGGUCUAAAUCAAACAAGAUGAAGUUGCUAGUUCGAUGAACUGAUAAAGAAGACAUCUAAGGCUUUUUCUUUGAAAAAAUGAAUGGAUGAUUCAAAUACAUUCCUAGUCUUUCUUUACAAGAAUUGUAUGUUUUGAAAGGUAGUCAAUUGGCUCAAUUCUGCUUGAACAUUUUUAUGCUUCCAUACUAUGCUUGGAUCUUAUGCUUCCAUAA